AUGGUCGGCAUCAGGCGAGAGAACUCCCGAGCCGGCGAUCCAAACUAUAUCAAAGAUACCGAAGAACUGCCUAGUAUCGAGGCAUGGCUGGCGCAAAAGGAGAAAUUCCGCGCAGUCGGUCAUGGCUUGCCGUUGUGGUUUCCCAAGAUGGAGAGCUGUAGCCCCGAGCUGCAGCGACUGUUUCAGAAGACACUAAAGCCGAAGAUCGUGAGCAUACUGGGCAAAUUCAACAUCAACUGCAUGCUUGCACGUCUAGGCGACUGGCGGCCAAAGGGGGUUGACGAGGUGCAGCAUACAAUCCUGAUAUCUUCAGAUGAUACCAACACAACCAGGUGGAAAACAACAGCAGAGGAAAUACUCAGAGUAUUUCGCCAUGAGCUGCCGCUCGACUUCACCGGGGAUGCCCAGGUGGAAAUCCAAAACAAGGAACUUAUGUAUAUGGAUGUCUCUCGAGCUGUGCCAGACGACCCUGCCCUUGUCAAGUGUCUUCGGGACACCCAGAAGGAGGUGGCAGAGACGGUCAUGGAGACCUUGGAAGGCUGUUGGUCCUCAAUAGCAUAUCAUAUGCGGGUGCCCCUUGGAUCUUCCCCUGACACACCUAGCCGUGCUACUUUGUUAAUGUACUGUCGCUUCGGGCGCCGUGGUGACUUCAAAACAGCUGAGGACCGCAUCCUGGAAGUCCUCGACAAAGCUCCCAUGGAUAUACACCUGGAACUCAUCCCCGGAGAGAUAUGCCUUGCCCGAAGCCAUGAUCGGCCCAAGUAUCUUUCCCAUCUCACUAAACACCCUGUUAAUGGUUCAUCUAUCAGUGUUCAAAACAACAACACAGAGCCUGGCUCACUCGGCAGAGCCGCAGACCGUAUCACUGCAGCUCACACGGACGUUCACGGUGUUGUACCUGGCGAUCCUCGGGGUCGCCUCGUGGCUGAAUACCCUGCAGCCUGCGACGGAAAUCACACGCUAAAUGUCCUCACCAGCCUCCCCAAGGAAGAAGCCAACUCACUCGAUGCUGGGUCCUUCGGCGAUGUAAAACUUGGAGACUGGGUAUCUAAAAAUGGGCGUUCGUCGGACACUACCUAUGGCAGAAUCAACCAUCUGCAUAGGGAAGUGAUGUGGCCUUCUGGUGAGCGGACAUUUGAGGUGGAAGUCCUCUCACUGGACGGUGAAUUUUCACGCCCGGGAGACUCGGGUUCGAUGGUUGUGAAUUCAAAGGGCGAAUUUGUCGGACUGGCCAUGGCCACGGAUAGCUCGGCAUCUUUUAUCACUCCCAUAAGUCAUAUACAGAGGGAUAUCCAUGAACUGACCAAUGGGGGCUACAUGGCCUUGAAACCUGAUGAUCCUGCCUGGUUUGUUGAUCAAUAA